AAGCUCAGCAUCGUGGAGAAGCAACCGCCGCGGCAGCGUCCUGAGGCCUCCUCAGGGGCAAAUGGACUACACAUCCCACAAUGCUUGGCGAAGAGUCCCGCCGGCGCAGGAUUCCUAUUGGCGGAGAGCGACCCUCCUCUCCGAUCGCGUUCCUCUGCCCGGGGCCGUUGCCGUGUUGCUGUUCCGAGAAGGUGUCAGCAGAGCUCGGCGUGUUACGAGGACCCAUGGCAGUGGCCGCCGCAGCGCAGCGGGCUCGCCGGGGUUUACUCCUGCGAGCCGUCUUCAGAGGGCAGCUCGGCUGCAGAGGCUGCCGCUCUGGGGUGCCCGUGAGGCAGCAGCAAGCGCUCCAAGCUCCCACCGCCGCGGCUCAGGAGAUUACAAGUACAAGAAGAAAAGGAUUCCUUACUGAACAUGCUGCCCCCUUUUCUGCUUUUUUGACUGACAACUUUGGUCGCCAGCACAACUACUUAAGGAUCUCCCUGACUGAGAAAUGCAACCUCAGAUGUCAGUACUGUAUGCCAGAGGAAGGAGUCCAGUUAACUCCCAAGACUGAGCUACUGACCACACAGGAGAUAAUCACACUUGCAAGACUCUUCGUGGAGGAAGGAGUGGAAAAGAUCCGACUGACUGGGGGAGAGCCUCUUAUCCGGCCUGACGUGGUUGAUAUUAUAGCUCAACUGCGAAAACUGGAAGGCUUAAAAACCAUCGCUGUAACAAGCAAUGGGAUCAAUCUGGCCCGACUGUUGCCCCGGCUGAAGGAGGCUGGCCUUAAUGCCAUUAACAUUAGCUUGGACACAUUAGUCCCAGCCAAAUUUGAAUUCAUUGUCCGUCGAAAAGGAUUCCAUAAGGUAAUGGAAGGAAUCCACAAAGCCAUUGAACUUGGAUAUGAUCCUGUUAAGGUGAAUUGUGUGGUGAUGAGAGGUCUCAAUGAAGAGGAAAUGGUGGAUUUUGUGGCUCUUACAGAGAAGCAGCCCUUGGAUGUGCGCUUCAUAGAAUACAUGCCCUUUGAUGGCAAUAAAUGGAACUUCAAGAAAAUGGUGAGCUAUAAGGAGAUGUUGGAUGCAAUAAAGCAAAGAUGGCCGGAGUUGGAAAAGCUGCCAUGUGAAGAAGCCUCUAGCACUGCCAAGGCAUACAAAGUGCCAGAUUUUCAGGGACAAAUCAGCUUCAUCACAUCAAUGUCUGAGCACUUCUGUGGAUCCUGUAAUCGCCUGAGGAUCACAGCUGAUGGUAACUUGAAGGUGUGUCUUUUUGGAAAUUCAGAAGUGUCCUUGCGGGAUUAUCUGCGAUCUAAUGCCACAAAAGAGGAAUUGAUUCAAAUCAUUGGUGCAGCUGUUGGGAGGAAAAAGAAACAACAUGCUGGCAUGUUCAACAUUUCUCAGAUGAAGAACAGACCAAUGAUCCUCAUCGAAUCGGCAUCAAGGUCAUUCUCAUUGCCCCGAGAUGCCCUACAGGACCAAGGAACUUUAAAUGGUGGGGGCCACAGACUUGGCCACUGGCUGACUCUGAGAGCAAGUUUAUGCAAGCAGAUGGGGAAAACGUUUAGGAAAAAUGGGUUUACAGGACACCACGCCCUGCCAGGAUUUCACACACCAAGACAGCUUGCAGCAGGAAUUCUGCAAGCUUCGCCGAGUAGUAAUUGCAAUCUCCAAAAGAGCUUGAGCUCUAAUUUGGACAUGAAGUGCCUUAGGACAGGAGCUUCUGUCUCCAAUCAGAAAUCCUACAAGGUUAGGGGCAUUCUCUCCAGAGUGAGAAACCAGCCGGAAGAGAUGUGUUCAAGAUUUUUAUCCACUACCAAGUUACUUGGUGCCUCAGAAUGCCUAACCCACAUUGACCAGGAGGGCCGGGCUUCCAUGGUGGAUGUGGGCAGGAAGCUUGAGUCUGAAAGGACGGCAGUGGCCACUGCCGUGGUCCGUCUGGGUGCGAAGGUAUUUGAAUUGGUGCAGCAGAACCAAAUGAAAAAAGGGGAUGUGCUGGCAGUUGCCCAGAUUGCAGGGAUUCAGGGUGCCAAGUUGACGUAUCAGCUGAUCCCUCUUUGCCAUAACAUCCCACUGAAUCUGGUGGAUGUUUCACUGAGUCUAGAUGAGAGGAGGCAUGCAGUGGUGAUCCGGGCUGUGUGCCGCACUUAUGGGAAAACGGGUGUUGAGAUGGAAGCCUUGACCGCUGCCAGCCUAGCUGCUUUGACUGUCUAUGAUAUGUGCAAAGCAGUCAGUCACAACAUGGUAAUUGAAGAGGUGAAACUGCUCAGCAAGGAAGGAGGGCAAAGAGGAAACUUCCAGCGAGGCUAGAAGGUAUCCGAAGACUCUGAACAUAGAGAUCAUCCUCAGCAUCAAAGCCUUCAUCUGCACAUCAGGAUUUCCACAAUCAUUAUUUGAAUUGCCAAUUGUUUUACCAUAGAAUUAAUAUCCACUUAUAUCAUUUGUCUUCCGUGUAUAGGUAGACUUGGAUCUUAUUGGUUGCUUGCCUUCUUCCUAUAAAAAUUACUGAUGAGGAUGAGGUUACUAAGGUCUCACCUUGCCAGAAUGUUCAGGAUUUGUGGAACUUGCUGAAGUGUAGCUGGGUUGAGCAUUUCAACUAUUGUCCUUGUACAAGGCUACAGUUUCACAUUCUUGCAGUUGUUCAUCUCUCUCUCUUAGCACUCAGAUCUCUUCCACAACAGGAUUUCAACUAGAAUCUAUUGGAACAAAAAUAGUAGAAGUUAAGAUUCUCAGUCAACUGAGCCAUUAUUUUAAGACCUUGCUUAGGCCCAAGAUGGCAAAAUAUAAACUAGAAAACUACCUGAUUGUUUCCUAGAUUACUUGAGCCAAAUGCAAUUUUUAGUACACUGAGAUGAAGCUGAGUGUUGCACUUAAUAUUGGGAAUCAUUUGUUUGUCCACUGGGGGAAGAUGGAUGCUAAAUAAUCAAGACAUAGAAUAUGGAGAGACUUGUACAUAAAAUGGCAUUGAAUGUUAAUAAAGCCAAAUAAUUUGCACAAUCGCUACUGUUUCCUGCCAACAAAAUUGUGCCUAAUAUAUCUCUCUUCUGGUGUGGCACAGUUCUGGAAGCAGUAUUCCAAGUUAACAGCCCUCUCUGUCUUCUGUAGGGCACUGAAAUGAGUAUUGUGCUGAGAUGCGUGGUCUUUGUGCUGAAGCUGCUCACAAGGCUACCUUUCCUAAAAUCAUUCAAAAUCAUCUUCACACUGUAUCCCUAGAACCUUCUCAAUAUUAGAAUUCUCUAUUUUUCCUUGCUGUUUCUCAUGGCAUGCAAGUACAGAGGUAGCAGGGUUGUGUCUUUGUUUGCCACACGUGCAGUAGCAGCAGAUCCUUCCCAAAAGCGGGGGCGGGGGAGUGCCAGUUCAUUGGCUUGCAACCCAGCAGGUGUGACUUUACAACCUGCUUGAGGGCUGCUCCAGUUGCUUCAUUGAGAAGUAAAAGUGUGUAGCUAGUUUUAAUGCUGAUAAUUAAAGAGACUCAUCCUGGUUUUACAAAGGUGAUUCUUAAAAUCUGUUGAGUGCUUUGGACACAUUCAGGUAAAUAUGACCAAGUGUAAAGCAGCUUGAGGGCUGUGUUUAAUACAGGGUAGCCAUUCUGUGAAAAUGGUACAUGUGCUGUUGUGACAUUUUGGUGCCUUUUUCCUUUUAUGAGCACAUACUCAUGGGGCCCUUUCAGUAUAUAAACUUCUAUUAACUGCAAAUAAAUUUUGAAAGAACAGUUGUCUUUCUGAGAACAUCCGAGGAAAUUUUUAUAAAGGCAUAUGUUGCAUUUCAAGUUGCCUGCUGUGAUACUUGAACAACAUUUCCCCACUAAGCAAUUUGUGAACGGCAGGGAGUUAUCUUAAUAGCGGUACCUGCAUUGCAGAUCUUGACCCCUUAAGGAUGUCUCAGUGUUUAGAGCCCAGAAACUGAGCAAUCUGUUUAUGGAAAACUGUCUUAAUGCUUGUAAAUAGUGAAGGGAAAGGUUAGGCUGAGGGGAGUUCCUUCUCAGGAAACCCCAGCAAGCUUGAUACAGCUUGGCCUGUACAUGUUAUUGUUAACAUGAGUGGAAACUAGAUCAAGAUCAAAAUUUGUAGGUCCAUCACUAGAACUAUUUAGGAGGAACACUGUGCUCCUCCAAGGGCACUCAGUAAAUGCUUUUAAAAUACACUGUGGCUUGGGGGGGGGGGGGCGGCAGCGCGGCAGUGUUAAUCUUCAACUUACCCAGGUACAGGCAUUUGAAUGUUGCUGCAAACCUUUCUUCCUCAACCCUGAAAUGGUGCCCCUAAGCUACAGCUGUUCUUUGUGAUGCUGAUAUAGAUGAUGUUCUCAUUGCUGAAAUGAAGCUGCCAGAUGAAGCUGUUGUUGCCCAGGUUAGGAGACAAGUGACUUAUGCUGCCUAGAAAAUAACACUUCCUUGGGUUAGCCAAAAAGCAAGCAAAUAAGAGUGCUAUGAUUCACAUAAUUUCAGGUAGGUAGCCAUGCUGGUCUGUAGUAGAAGAGCAAGAUUUGAGCUCAGCAGCACCUUAAAGGCCAACUAGAUUUCCAGGGUAUGAGCUUUCAAGAGUCAAAGCUCCCUUCCUGAAUCUUGCUUGAUUCACAUAGUUGAAAUGGGAGUUUAAUGCACUAAGGUUUCUAUUAUAUGAAGCUGCUUUUGCAAAAUAUGGUGAGUGGAAAAGCAAUUAAUGAUGAUUUGAAUGAAAAAACUCCAGCUUCCUGUGUCCUUCCAUGUUUAUUUUUACUCCACUUAUAUGUAGGUAUGCCAGACUCCUUAAAUGGAAAUGGGUAGUCAGGGUUGCUUUGCACAUUACAUUCUACAUGGUAAUUUUUGAUAUAGAAAAAGAAAUGCACUUUGAAGAGUAGCACAAGUAUUCUUUCCUCCCUGAGUACAAUCAUUAGAUAGUUAAGCAAUACAGCAAGAUUAUCUCUAGUUAGUGGAGAGCUCUUUAAGCCCAAGUUGUAUUCUAGUCUCUAAUGUCCUACUCCUGUACCAGACAAUAUGUGCUCUGGAUGCAUAUCUGAAGCAAUAUACAAGAUCCAACAAAGGUUUCCUGUACAAAUACAGGUGAAAUGAAAGAGUUGCACAAGAAUGUACAAUUGGAGUUUCUGUAAAUGCUGUUCCUGGUGGAGUAUUCUUUACGGUUGGUAAACUAUCGGUCUCACGGGUGGACUGGGACAAUGAAACAGCUCUUGGAGCAAAUGGAACCAGGUGGCUCCUGUGGUGCUAAUAGCACUAGAGGAGCUGCUUAGUUCAGCUCCACUGUCACUGCUGCAGCCCAAGUCUCAGCCUAAUAACUCCUCCAGUGUUGUCAGCACCACAGAGGCCACUUGGUUCAGCUAGUUUCUAGCUACCCACCAGGAACUUUCCUGGGAAGUAAAAGGGCCAGUCUGCCCUGGUCAGUAUUGCCCCUAUUUUGCCUAGGGAUGGCAGAGUGCAACUCAGAGCCUAUUUAAGUCUGUAGCCAUAGGACUAAUGUGGGACUUUUGUGGUAUUUAGCUUGCAAGCUCAUUUUUAGUAGAGUUCCAGAGAUUUGAGCUCUAGGAGAAUAAAGAUUAUACAGAUCACACAUACUAAAUGCUCAAGGAGUUCCUUUUCUUUAGAAGAAACCUAUAAAAGGUCUCCGUGCAGUGGCUUUUUGCUUCUUAUGUAAAUGCAGUGACACAACUACUUUUGAAAGGACCUGCAAAUAAAGUUGAUGUCAUGAAAAGAGAGCUUAAUGCAGGAACUGGCUCUGAAUAUGUUGUAUUAAUUUCCGGGGAAAGCUGUGUACUGCUGACAGGAUUGGAUCCUACAGACCUAUUUUGCUAAUGGUUAAGCCUUCCUCUGAUUAAGGCUCCUUUACAGAAAGGAGAUGCUGUUAGAACAUAUCUGCAGGGCCCAGCACAUGCUGUCAAGAAGACUUCAAGCUCUUUUCAAUUGCAUUUUAUCUGUUGACAAAUAAAUGGGGUGAUAUGGCUUGGGGAUUUGGCAAGUGGCCUUUUGAUUCCUUUCAGGAGCAGACCAGUUACAUUUGAAGUGAUGACAUCUUUUAGUGCCAUAACCAAAUGCUCUGACCAACUCUAGUAACUAUGCACAACCAUUCUGAUAUGAAAAUGUUUUAUGAUGUAGAUCUUUUUUCUAGAUAACAAAUGAUGGAAUUGGGGCAAAAUUAUUUACACCCAGCUUUCUUAUCGUGGUAUCAUUGAGAGAAACUUUUUUUGCUGUACUACACUUUUAAUAAAUUAAACUUGCAAUCAA